CCCAUUUUUUCUAUGCAUAUAUAUAAGUCCCAUGCACGAAUCAAUUUUUUAAUUUAUUCUAAUAAUUAUUUAUUUAUCAAGCGGGAGUCCUGAUAACGUGCACACAUAUAAUUUUUAUUUUUAUUUUGUUUUUUAUGGCUCCCGUGAUAUCCUCCUCCGCCACCGUGCAAAUGAAGGAGCACCACGAUGAUGAGGUGGCGCUGCGGCGGAGGAACGAGGAGUUGGAGAGGGAGCUGAAGAAGAGCUUGGAGAGGGAGGAGAGAAUGAAGGAGGAGUUGAUGAGGGCGUGGGGGCGGCUGAGCGUGGCGGAGGAGGCGGAGGAGAGGCUGUGCUGCCAGCUAGGGGAGCUGGAGGCGGAGGCGGUGCACGAGAGCCGAGAAUACAUUGCGAGAAUUACGGAGCUGAUGGAACAGCUUUCUGGUGCCAACAAACUUCUCCGAGAAUCUUCUUUUUCAAGCUCCAGCUCUCAAUAGACUUUUUAAAAUUUUAUUAUGUAAUUAUCUUAAUGUAUUUUGUAAUUUGGUAAAACUUCCAAAAAGUAUUUUUAAUUUAAAUAUCAACCGGUCAAAAGUCAAAGCAAAUGUUAUAUAAUUUUGCCGGACGGACGUUGGAUGGAUCGGAUUAAAAUUAGCAUUUACAAUAAAAUUCCAUUUUUU